AUGAGCGCAGAAGCCAACUCCAAAAAAAAACCUCAACCCAACAAGCCAAAAGGCAUCCUCAAAAAGCCCGCCACCGUCCCACAAUCACCGCCCCUCGCAAACCCCUCCAAGCCCAACAACUCCCAACCAGACCCGUCCACAGCAGCCCGCAUCCGCCUCCUCCAGAAGCUGCGCGACACGGAGCUGAAGCCCCCGGUGCCGCUGUCGACCUUCGAGCAGCUGAUCGCGCUGCCGCGGCACGCGUCGCCGCCGUACUCGGCCGCGCGCCCGCACCCGGCCGACGCGGCGCUCUUCCUCGCGCUGCUGCGCGACUUCUCGCCCGCCGAGUACCUCGACCUGGUGGAGGAGCGCAACUGCGUGUCCAAGUGCGGGUACGCGCUCUGCGGGCGGCCGCGGCGGGCGCUGGAGGGCGCGUACAAGCUCCGCUGGGGAGGAGGAGGGGUGGGCAAGACGGCGGAGCUGAACAAGUGGUGCUCGGACGCAUGCGCGCUGCGGGCGCUGCACCUCAAAGUGCAGCUGGACCAUCCGAGCUACGAGCGCAGUGCGGAGGCGGGCGGGAAGAUGGUUGUCAAGCUUGAGUUGAGGGAGGAGGCGGGGCACAAGGAGGAGAAGGAGAAGGGAGCGGGGACGGAGGACAAGAACUUGAAAGAAGAAGACGAAGAGGCUGUAAAGUCUGCUCCUGCCGCUACUCCUGCUGCUGACGCUGCUGCCGGUCCUGUGGCGAGCAGAGGGACAGACGAAGACCGAGAGCGGCUUGCGCGGGACAUGGCGCAGCUCGAGAUAGACAAAGCGAAGCGGGCGCGGCAGAACGCCUCGGCGCUGGCUGCGGAGCGGGGAGAUCCGGCCGCCGGAUGGCUCGCUGGCCAGAGCAGGGUUGAGGUCACGAUCAAAGAGCAGACCGUGGAUGAGCCGGUGCAGCCCCCCGUCCCGGGCGAGGACGCUCACCUCUACAUCGAGGGAUACAAGCCCACGUUUGGCGCCUGUGCCACAAAAAGGCACCCUGAAGAGGGUGCGGACAGCGAGGAGGACGACGACGAGUUUCCUACGAUCCGGUUAUGAGCGGCGGCGUCUACGAAGUUUACAGGCAGUUGGCGUUGACUGGAAAACCGGCGGGUUUGCCUACAAUGGACAUAAAACGGUCGAUACCCGCUUAGACUUGAUAGUGAGAGCAGGAAUUGACCGAAUCUUACCUU